GGUGGGAAAAAAAAUAAGAGGAGGUUGUUUCGAGAGCGUUUUGGUCCCGCGCUUGGGAGUUCGGGAUGGUCGAAGGCAAAACUGCCGUGAAGGCUCCGACUGAAGCGUUAAGGAUCAACGAGGCGCAGUCACCGAUGGGGUGGAGUUCAAGGAUUCAGAAACCCGCUGGCAUGCAGGGUCACUGUCUUUCGAGGCCGGACAGUCAGGCAAUUGAGGGUUUCUCCAGGACCGAAAAAGGGAGGGGCGUAGACGCAGUUGAUCGGGGUGAAUAGUCCGGGGU